AUGUGUAUGGAUCAUUCAAUAUCCCAGAGGAGGAAGAUAGGUGCAGUGAAGGUGUGUGUUGAGGUUAGCGCUAAGAAGCCUUUGGUGAACAGGAUCAGUAUUACCCCUGAUGAUAUGGAGGAGAUGUAUAUUGGGGUUGAUUAUUGUGGCUUGCCCCGUUGUUGCUCAGCCUGUGGUGUCUUUGGUCUUGACUGUUCGAUGCCUCCUCUGGGAGCUUCAACCAAGAGGGUUUGGAGACCGAAGAAACUGCAGGUUGCACCAAUACAAGAGGUGGGUAAUGUGGUUUCUAAUCAGACAGUUGGGGAAAAAGAACCAGUGAAAGAUGGGAUUAUUGUUGAGAAUGCUGGGGAGGGUGUGUCCGAGAAGGGUAAGGAAGUAAUAGUUGAUUCCACUCCUCCAGUCAUUGCGAGUGCACUUCCCUCACACGAGGAGUUUAACAAAGUCAUAAAUGGAGCUAAAUCGAAGUCUACUCCCAGGAAGUCUGCACCAGUCUUGCACUCUAAUGCCUUAGAGCUGCUUUGUGGGAGAGAUAUCAAAUUACAGGCUCCUCAGAAGAAACUAGGGGGCGUGAGGGGCUUAGGAGUAAGGGAGCCACUAACGUGGCUGCUCCGCAUAGAUGACAACUCUCAUAUGGAAUACAAGGGGCUUUAA